CAAUGUGUUCGAUAGCCGUGCUCCUCCGACCCCCAAGAAUGCAGGCAUGCCAAACCCCGAUCCGCCUGCUCAAGUAGUACACGUCUUCCCAACGACUCGGCGUUCGGAGGGAGUUCUCAAACGUGCAAUCAGUGCGCAUACGCGCGGACUCCCGUCCAAGAAGCCCGGGCAUUUCGCAAAGCAUCCUUUCGUUUCUAUUCGCCCCUCUACUGUAGAUCGCGUAUCGUUGCCAUCGAUGCGCGAUCUAAUAACUCAUAUGCCAGUGGUUUUGUCCAGACCCUCUUCUGCGCCACCGUGUGCGGCCAAGGAAGAGCCCCGCGACAGAGAUCGUCUCCAUCCUCACGAGCGCCCGACCCUUCCUCCCUUGUCUUCUGUCAUAGGCGAGAAGUACUGGAAGGGGUUACCGCCCCUCUGCGGUGUCCCGAUGCGGCGCAAGCGCUGGUACUUGAGGAAGCUGGACAGCUCUGGCAGGCGACCUCGUCAUUCCGGCUUUCCGGGUAUCUCUACUUCGUCGGUUUUUGUUACAAGAAACUGCGCGCAGCCCAACACGAAUCCACACGUUCAAAGUAACUCGAUGUACAAAUAUCCCUGUUUUCCGGCCCCUCCGCCCGCCCCGCCCUGCUCUCUGUCCGCUGUCACCAAACAUUCCGAAUCGCGCACUCUUUUGUUCUCCGUUGCUUCAGAGAGCGAGAAUCGACGCGACGAGAACGACCCGCGCGGGAUACACAUGCCGCAAGCUAUCGUGGCUCGUGCGCCGCAUCCCGAGAGGGUAGUUGUCGCCAGCCGCUCCGCGCCACCGGAGCUCAAAUACCCGGCGAAACCCCAUCCUGCCCCCAUGAAUCAGCCACCUCUCAUCGUCAUGCUCCCCGAGCGCAAGCUGGACGUGCCGGUGCAAUACAUGUUUUACGACCAGGAUACCGAGAGCUUCACAAAGGAACACAAGGGCUUUUCCCAGCGCGGACCCGAUAUCCAGUACAGCCGUCCCAAAUACUGCGCGCACCCGUUGGAGCGCUCUCUUACAGACAAACCUCCCACGCCCACCACAUAUUCCGCUGCCCACGAUUCAGUGGGGCUACAGCGUCUCCACGACGCCCUCGUGAACGGGGCGGCGGUCAAGAAGGAAGAACCCGCGCUCGACGACGAUGUUCGCAUGGACGUUGAGUGGGCCAAGCCGUCUCGACCCCCGCCUCCGCCUCCGGCGCCGCGGCCAGGCCCCCACGUGCAUCGCUGCGUGCAGGCUUGCUCGCGCCCGCGCCCGCGUCCGGCUGCCUGCACCAUAAUCUCCCACAGGCAGCCGUGAGGCGGACGUCGCGGCUGCCUCCCGCGCCACUCCAUCGAAAGUUUUCGAAUGACCUUGUGAGUUCUGAGUUCUGCUAGAUCGUUGCGAGUUCGAGUAUGCUGUCGUGAAUUGUAGUAUGUACGUGAUAUGUAGUAUGCCAUCAUCUAUGCCCUUCCUAUGCAAUAUAUGCC